GUGGUGUCGGAUGCUGCCGGACAAGGUGUCACCAUCACUGGCAGCAAGACUUUCAACAACUGGAACUGGCCCAAUGCUGUCAUCUUCGCUGCUACUGUCAUCACAACUAUAGGUAGGCAAACUGUCCUGAGAGAGUCACAUGGAGCUUAUGUAAUUGUGGUUUAUAGUCAGCAGAAAAGGGAAUAUCUUAACUGAUGCAACAAGACAGAAAAUAUCCAUAAGUUAUUGUGCAAGGAUUUGUGGAUCUUGUUUCAUAAUCUUUCAGUAAUGACCUGCUAAACAUUAAUCUAAUGGGACAAUGGGACACUCUCAAUUAGGGUGGAUUGCUUGCCCUUUUGUCCAUGUCUGUAUAAUCUAAAUGUACGGUACAGAUAAAAUAGGAUUGGGUGAAGAAAAGCCAGAUUAGAGAACUGGUCUUUAUUGUUGGUUUAGUUUGUCAGCAGAGUAAUUUAUCUUAUUUUGUUACUCCGAAUGCCAACAGGUUUCUUUCUGAUGAUUUGACAUGUUUAUUCAGCCUUACCAAGUCUCUAUCAUUUAUCAUUAGUGAAAAUGAUUUUAUAUAAACUGUGGUUAUGAAAAGUGCUUUCUUUUGGCAGAAUUUGUCCCCUAUGAUCUGUAUUGGUCAAAACAAAGAAGUGUUAAUGUUUUAAUGCUGUUGAUUUGAAUACUACUAUUAACCCCUUCCUAUCCUUUCUUGCUCUGACAGGUUAUGGCAACAUUGCCCCCAAAACGUCAGCAGGACGGGUGUUCUGCAUCUUCUAUGGGCUCUUCGGGGUGCCACUCUGUCUUACCUGGAUCAGUGAGCUUGGGAAGUUCUUUGGAGGCAGGGCCAAGCACCUGGGUCAGUACCUUACCAAGAGAGGGGUUUCGCUGGUAAGAAAGAUACUUUUCGUCUAAUAUUUUUUCAUCUAACAUGGCUAACAUUUCUUUGUCUAAGUUAAAAUGAUCAGAGGGAAAUAAGUGAAUUCCUUAGACACUGCAUUUGUCUCACUUAACCUGUUUUUGCAUUCUUUUUUGUUUUUCAGCGAAAGGCCCAGUUUACCUGCACAGCCAUCUUUGUCCUAUGGGGUGUGCUGGUCCAUCUGGUCAUCCCCCCAUUUAUAUUUAUGUCUCAAGAGGGUUGGACCUAUGUGGAGGGCUUGUACUUUUCCUUUGUCACCUUAACCACGAUUGGCUUUGGUGACCUUGUAGCAGGUAAACUCAUCAUCACCCUUGCAUUAUCAAGCUCUUCGCUUGUUAAUGGGUAUCUGUCUAUGCAUACAUACUGUUAGUGAUAUUUUUGAGCCAACUUGAGGUACUUUUUAUUUUCAACAUACCUUUUUACCCACUAUGGUAAAGUAGUUCUCCAGCAAUAAUGUAACCACUUCCUCAGAAAUGUGCUUAAAGCAACUGUCAAGUGAAAAUCUCACUUUUAAAAGUUAAUAUUCUGUUAAUGUAUACAAAAGAUAAUGUUGUUGACUUGUCCUAUACUCAUAAUUGUGGCCAAAGCAUAAAUUGGACAAAAAAACACUUAAACCCCACCUCAAACUUGUAUCUCAAACAGACCAUUUAAGAAAUGCUUGCUAUUUCCUCAUAGAGGAGGAUUUCAUCCUUCUGAGGAGGAUGAGCUGGCCAGUCAGCGGUCUACUCGCAUUAGGGCUGUCCCCGACAAAAAAAAUAUAUUGGUCAAACGAGUGUCGUCUUUUCUUUCGACCAAUCAGUUGGUCUACAUUUUUAAACGUCUAUUUUCCCAUAUAUAGACACACCCUAUGUGUUUGAAUAAAAUCAACUAUACACUACAUGACCAAAAGUAUGUGCACACCUGCUCGUCAAACAUCUCAUUCCAAAAUCAUGGGCAUUAAUAUGUUGUUGGUCCCUCCUUUGCUUCUAUAACAGCUUUCACUCUUCUGGGAAGGCUUUCCACUAGAUGUUGGAACAUUGCUGCGGGGACUUGCUUCCAUUCAGCCAUAAGAGCAUUAGUGAGGUCGGGCACUGAUGUUGGGUGAUUAGGUCGCAGUCGGCGUUCCAAUUCAUCCAAAAGGUGUUUGAUGGGGUUGAGGUCAGGACUUUGUGCAGGCUGGUCAAGUUCUUCCACACCGAUCUCGACAAACCAUUUCUGUAUGGACCUCGCUUUGUGCACAGGGGCAUUGUCAUGCUGAAACAGGAAAGGGCCUUCCUCAAACUGUUGCCACAAAGUUGGUAGCGUUCCCCUGGCAUCCGCCAAACCCAGAUUCGUCCGUUGGACUGCCAGAUGGUGAAGCGUGAUUAAUCACUCCAAAGAACGCGUUUCCACUGCUCCAGAGUCCAAUGGGUGCGAGCUUUACACCACUGCAGCCGACACUUGGCAUUGCGCAUAGUAAUCUUAGGCUUGUGAGCAGUUGCAAACAGUUAUUGUGCUGACGUUGCUUCCAGAGGCAGUUUGGAACUGUGUAAUGAGUGUUGCAACCGAGGACAGACGAUUUGUAGGCAAUGUUUGUCUAUGCAGAUUGCAUGGCUGUUUGCUCGAUUUUAUACACCUGUCAGCAAUGGGUGUGGCUGAAAAGCUGAAUCCACUCAUUUGAAGGGGUGUCCACAUACAUUUGUAUAUAUAAAUGACUCAGGAGGGAGGCAGAGAUCAAGAUAGCCUAACCAGAAUAAAAUAAAAUAAAUUCCCCAUCCCUCCUCCCGCUGCUGCUGGCCUUUGCAGACUCUGCAGUUAUGCUCCUGAAGUUUCCGGUAAUAGGCUACACCAGGGUUUGACAACCAUUUCCAUUUGGAGUGCCAAUUUAUCUUACCAUUUUACUGAUCUACGUGCCAGUUAUGAUUUUUAUAUACACAUUUUUGUGGAACAGUUUAAUUUAUUUUAUAAUAGUCUUUGGAUGUCAAAAUCAUUUUCAUGUGGUUAAUUUCAAUUCUAUCUAAAUCUAUCAAAACAAUGAAAUAACACAAAUGGAAUCAUGUAGUAAACAAAAGUGUUAAACAAAUCAAAAUAUAUUUGAUAUUUGAGAUUUUUCAAAGUAGCCACCCUUUGCCGUGAUGACAGCUUUGCACACUCUUGGCAUUCUCUCAACCAGCUUCACCCGGAAUGCUUUUCCAACAAUCUUGAAGGAGUUCCCACAUAUGCUGAGCACUUGUUGGCUGCUUUUCCUUCAUCUAAUCUAACAUUUGAUACUGCAGUGCUUUUAGUCAUCAAGUUGACAUUUUGAUAAUAGCCCUAAUUAUAACUUAAAUGAUUUACUGUAUGAAAUUGAUUGCUAAUGACAUUGUCUAAACAAAUCUUUCCAAAAAAGUAAAAGACGUACCUCUAGAAAAAUUUGACAUUGACAUUAGGACAUUUGUACAUUCUCAAACUUUCCCUUCCUGCUUUUCUUUAUUCAGGCGUGGAUCCAAAUGCAGACUACCCCACUCUGUACCGUUACUUUGUGGAGGUGUGGAUUUACCUGGGACUGGCCUGGCUCUCCCUGUUUUUCAACUGGAAGGUGCGCAUGGUUGUGGAGGCCCAUAAGGCUCUGAAGAAACGACGCAAGCGGCGCAAGCUCUCCCUGGACGAGCUGAGGCACUACAAGGAGAGCCACAAGGCCCUCCACUCGCCGCCCACCAAUGACGUCAACAUCUUCAGCUUCCUAUCCAAGAAGCAAGAGGGCUACAACGACCUCAUCAAGCAGAUUGGCGCCAAGAAAGAUGGCGGGGACCACUGCGACGGUAAUGCCGCCAGCAACAAGGCCAAGGAGGCGAAUCGCUCCAAGAGCUGCAGCGACACAGUUUCCUGCAACAGCAACACUAUCCUCAGCCUGGACCGCUCACCGCGGCAGAAGCGGCGCUACAGCUUCAGUGACCGUGUCACCGUGGCCUUCUCGAAGUCCAAGAACUACCUCCUGGGCUCGGAGAACGGGAUGCUGCUCACAGAGGACCAUGGGGAGGGGGAAUUGGACGGGGACCAGGAAAGGAUGUACGAGAAUCAACUGGACAAAGAGGUGGACCAGGAGAGCGGAGGAGGUGGCCUGGGCGGUGGUGGAGGUUGCGGUAUGGGCGGCCGACGACUGUGGGACUCCAAAGAGUACCAGUCCCUGAUCUUCCAGAAUGCGAACAUCACUUUUAUUGAUGAGGAGAACGUCCUCAACAACAACCUGGAGGAUGAUGAUGACGACGCUAAAGCCAAGCUGUCAAUCACCACGUGCGAUGAAAAUGUAGAGUCGGAGACUGACUCCAAAGAGGAGCAGGGCUCUGAAUCAGAAGGGUCCGUGUUCACCAGCGAUGGAUCAGAACACGGACACUCUUAUGAGAAGCUUGUGGAGGAAUAUUCGAAGGAGGACAACACUGAGUCCUGA